AACAAGUAGGGUCAAGUCGGCAAGAAGGGCGAACUAAUCCUUCCUGCGAAUGAAGAGAGCCCACUAGUGGUGCCGCCCGAAACAUGAUUCGCUUUCAAAAGAGACGAGUAGUUAUUUGUCGUGUAUGGAAGUGGAAUUGCUGUACGAAUAGGUGACUGUCACAAUAAAUCGGUGAACUAAUUCACGUACUACCUGCCCCUCAAAACAUAGUCACUAGGACUCCAUAUGACCAAGUUACUACUUGCUGCUGAGGUCAUUACCCUAUGUGUAAACACUCAAAUCUUCUUAAGAUUCCAUUUCUUGUCCAGCUCGUGCAUGGGCACAGACGCCGCAAAGCUCCGACGAAGUAGACCAUGCAAAGCAUGACAUUCAAACACUCGGCUUCUGCUGUAUGUUUCUUGCUACUUUGUCUAAUAACUGAAGCAAAGAGAGAUUACUACAAUGUUAUCGACGUUCCACAAUCAGCAAGCACGCUGCAGAUCAAAAAGGCCUUUCAUAAACUGGCAAUGAAGUACCACCCAGACAAGAACAACAGUCCAGAUGCUGAGGUGAUUUUUACUGAAAUCGUUGAAGCAUAUGAGGUCCUCUCCAAUGACGUGAAGCGACAACGCUAUGAUGAACUCGGUCACAAGGACUUCAAGGAAGACUUCAAGGACAAGACUACAUUCGGUGCAAACAUUUUCCGCUUCAGCUUUGAGGAAUUUUUCCAAGGUCUGGGGUUGGACGAUGACCUGUUCUUGGACUCCCCCGAGGACACUUGGAGCUUCCAGAUGGGUGACGUUGAUCAAGAUGACACACAUCAGGUUGGGAGUGUUUUUGACAGUGACUUCUUCGAUUUUCUCGGAGCCGAUUUUAAUGAGAUGAGCUUGGACCCCGGAGAAGAUGGUUUCCAAGACCUGGAGCCAAGCUUCUGCUGGAUAAAAACACAUUCAGAUGGCAGCUCCACAAGAGUUUGUGAAGAGGAUUAACUUGCAUCUUAAUUGUAAUUAAAACAUAAUUAAGUUGUCUUUCUUCUACAUCACCAUAUCAGUAUUUCUUGGUUAUUUAAUUUGGAUUUAUACAGUUAUAUGUUGCACUGUGCUGUAAAAACUGUAGGGGGAGGAAGGAUAAUAGUUUUCAUUCAGGGUUAAUAAUUCAUACUGUAGGAUACUGAUGUAAAUCUCCAAUGGGUUCAUUGCUGUUAUACCACAGAGCAAACUGGUUAACCUGAAUUGGUUCAGUAUAUGUCUGGGUGUACAAAUGUAUAGUAUGUAACAUUAUAAGCUGGGCGAGUCACGCUAUA